UAUGGCGGACGGACCAAAAUUGCUGUCAAGCUGCUGAGUAAAAAAUAUUGAUAUAAAAUGUGAAUAAAACGCUUGGAUACCUCACCAAGGAUGGGGAAACCUUCGAGUAAGCUGACAUCGGGAGAAGUGAAAGAUCUGACGGCGUGCACUUAUUUUGACAAGAAAGAAAUACAUCAAUGGUAUAAGGAUUUUAUGAAGGAUUGUCCAAGUGGCUUUCUAAAGAAAGAGGAGUUCCAGCAUAUCUACCAGCAGUUCUUCCCAAAUGGUGACCCAACAAAGUUUGCUAACUUCGUCUUCAAUGUCUUUGACUCCAAUAAGGAUGGGUAUAUAUCCUUUAAGGAAUUCAUCAUUGCACUAUCGGUGACAUCAAGGGGCUCCCUGGAUGAAAAGUUAGACUGGGCAUUUAGUCUGUAUGAUUUAGACGAUGAUGGGUACAUCACAAAAAUGGAGAUGGUUGACAUCGUGGACGCCAUCUAUAGUAUGGUGGGGAACAUGCUGGAUCUUCCAAAAGAUGAAGAUACCCCCGAGAAACGAGUUAACAAAAUCUUUGCACAGAUGGACACGAAUCGAGAUGGUAAAUUGACCAAAGAUGAGUUUCGAGAAGGGUCUAAAUGUGACCCUUGGAUUGUUCAGGCGCUGACCAUGGAUGUCCCCAAUAGCUGAUGCUGUGACUGACCAUGGAUGUCCCCAAUAGCUGAUGUCGUGACGCGCUGACCAUGGAUGUCCCAAAUAGCUGAUGCCAUGACUGACCAUCAAUGCCACUGUAAAACCCUCCAUUAAAUGUUUCAUAUAUAAGUUAUAAGGGAUUCAUAAGGGAAUCAAAAUCUGUAAAGACAGGGAAAGACUUUACCCUUGGUUGGUUAUAAUUUGUAUCUAUGACUUCAAUGUCUGCUGAGUAUGUAUAUGUCGCUUAAUUGAUCUGCACUUCCUAUUAGUGCUGAUGCUUUUUGACUGCUUCAGGUUCGUUUGUGGCACACAGUAACCAGUCUCCCCUCUCUCUUUUUUAUUUGCUGCAAUAGGCUUCCAUGACAGUUAUCACAACAUGACCACUGCUAUGAUAAAAGUGCUGAUUUGAAGUUUCGAUGUCGGCAGUCCGAGACAUAAGUUCAUCCUACUGUCUGUUGUGCAGACAUAUCGUCGCUAUAUGUUAGGCAGUACUAGUUCCAGUGAGUAGAUUGGUAACCAUCUAACAACCAUCACCCUCUAGCAAUGAUUUACUUGUAUGUUGUAAAUCCCUAUAAAUUGGGAAGGCUAGAGUUUGUAGCCCCCCCCCCCUCCCCACCCCUCCCUGAUGGAUGUAUGAAAUUGUGGGGAGGGUCACUGUGUGAACCAUUGCAUCUUGUUUGAUCCCACACAAUUGAGAAAGUGCAAUGAAAGUGUUGUUUUGGGACAACUUGGUCAUCGAUCAUGUGAUUAUUAAGGUGGCCAAGAGGAUGAUGCGCUGCAUGUAGUAUCACACUACUGCUGAUCUCUAUACGUUUCACUAGUGUUGCGUGGCUGUUUGUUGACAAAGAUUGUGAAUUUCAGGUAGGCCUAUAGUGGCAUUCCAUUAUAGUGGUGUAUAUCAAAAAUUAAAGAUUGAUCAGUGAUCCUGUUAGGAGAAGUCAUGGCCUAGCAGGAAGCUGUGUUUGUAAAACCAACACACUGAUAUCCUGUGCCCAAGUUGUCCCUUUAAGAGAAAGGUAUUUUUGAAAGUGUGUUGACGCCUCAGUAUUUGUAUGUGUAGAUAUCUGAUAAUAAGUAAUCAUACAUAAUAUAUUUGUUUGUAAA